AUGGCUGACAUUGAGGAACGGCUGCAAAGUCAUUCCAACGCCUUCAGCGGGCUGAUGUCCUUGAUUCCCUCCAAGUACUACUAUGGAGAGGACGUCAGUGACCAAUGGCUCAAGAAGAAGCAGACCAAGGAACAAGCCAAAAAUGCAAAAAAGGCGAAGCUCGACCCUGAUGCUUCAAAGUCUGCAAAGGAUGUCAUGGAUGAAAACGCGCGGAAACGCAAGCGCAUCGAAGAUGGCGAAGACAAUCACAGCGGGUCCUCUGACGGCGAACUGGGCUCGGAACUUCCUAGAGAAGGGUUGAAGCGUGCCGAUACAAAGACCAAGAAAUCAAAGCAAUCACAGUCGACAGAGAACAGCACCGACAAGCCCAGUGAAAACGAAGAGGCCAAGGAGAAACGACGACUGAAGGCUGAGAAGAAGGCCCAAGAAAAGGCUGCUCAACGGGAGAAGAAAAUGGCCAAACAGGCAACAAAAAAGGCAAAGCAACAGCAAAACGGUGAUGAUGAACAGCCAGCGCCCACAGAAAAAUCGGCUGAGGCUUCAGACGCCGAAUCACCAGAGGAAGAAGCACAGGCAAAUCCCGAUGUAGAAGAUAAUGAUGAAGACGUAGAUGUGGAUGCGGUGGAAGGGUUCUCUUUGGAGACAAAAGAUCAGACUUUGGAUGACACAUCUUCCACACCAAAUUCGCCGAGUUUCGAAAUGUCGAAUGACAACUCUGGUAGUUCAUCGAUAUCCUCAAUUGUGCCACCUAGCGAUGGUGCAUCGAUAGCCGACAAACCUGGAUCCAAGCCUUUGAAGACGACGCCAGAGGAACUGCGACAACGCUUACAAAAACGUGUUGCUGAACUUCGAGCAGCCCGCCACGCCGAUGGCCUCGAUGGCAAGCCUGCCCGAACCCGACAAGAGCUCAUUGAUGCGCGAAGGCGCAAAGCAGAAGAGCGAAAGGAACACAAAAAGGAGUUGAGGCGCAAAUCCAAAGAGGACGAAGAGCUAAAGAAAGACGAGGAGAUGCAAAGGCGGUUUUCGCCAGGCGGGACCGGCUCACUGCUUGCAUCGCCCCGGUCUCCUGCAGAAUCACUUUCGUCAAACUCGAAUAACUUUGCUUUUGGAAGGAUUGCCUUCCCCGAUGGCCAACACACGGACCCCACGCUCUCACGGCUGCUGGACGAUAAAAACAAACAAGUUGCUCGAGACCCUGCUGCUGCUCUCAAGGCCGCCGCAGCCAAAAAAGCCCGUUUCGAUAGCUUUGAUGAGGAAAAGCGGGCUGAACUAGAAGAAAAAGAUAUGUGGCUGAUCGCUAAAAAGCGAGCCCAUGGUGAGCGUGUCAGAGACGACACCUCGUUAUUGAAAAAGGCACUCAAGCGCAAGGAAACCGCCAAGAAGAAGUCCGAACGAGAAUGGAGGGAGAGGAUUGAGGGAGUGUCCAAGGGCAAGGAGAUACGACAACAACGACGCGACGACAACAUUCGCAAGAGAAAAGAAGACCGAAACUCUGGAGGAAAGAAAUCCGGCAAGGGCGGCAAACCAAAAGCCCGUCCAGGUUUCGAGGGAAGUUUCAAGGCCAAGUCUGCUGGAGGAAAGAAGAAAUGA